CGGGAAGUCGUUUGGCUACGGAAGGAGCCCUGUAGGUACCUGAUGGAUGUGGCCCCAAAGGCUAUGAUUUUCCUUUUCACCAGACCCAUCCCCAUGGAAAACCUGUGUCAGCUUAUCCACUGUAGUUGGGGUUUCCACUCUAAAAGGGGUGCCAAAGGAGGCUGUCUUUUCCUGUUUGGCUUUUGCCCAAGAGAGAUGAUUGUGACCACAUCCUGCCAUUGCUGGGAGUGUGUUUCAGGUCAGGACCUGCUCGUCUCCUGGAAGGAACAUGGAUCUUAAACGCAUUGAGAUGCCGGCUCUGGGGCGUCCCUUGCAACUGGGGAUGCUGUAUGACUGUCGAGAUGAUAGCUUUAUCCCAGGCUUUACAUUAUGGAACAUCAACGACACGGAAAAGGACAUGCACUCCCAGGCGCAGUACCGGACGGAAUUCCGGGUCAUCGCCUCUGACUCCCUGGAAGACAAGUCCAGCGCUCUCAACGUCAAUGCCUCUCUGAAGGCAAGUUUCCUGGCGGGGCUGGUUGAGGUGGGAGGAUCGGCCAGUUACAUGGACGACACCAAGAAAUCCAAGCACCAGGCCCGGGUCACGCUCCACUACUCCACCACCACCCAGUUCAAGCAGCUGACGAUGAAGCACUUAGGCAGGCAGAACGUCAAGUAUCCGGAAGUGUUCGAGCAGGGCACCGCCACCCAUGUGGUGACGGGAGUCCUGUUCGGAGCGCAGGCCUUUUUCGUGUUUGACCAGGAAUUCUCCUCUUCAGAGAGUGAACAGGACAUAAAGGGAAGCCUGAGCAUCUCCAUACGAAAGAUCCCUACGGUGAGCAUCAAAGGGGAAGGAACCCUCCACCUGAAAGAUGAAGAAAAAAAGAAGGUGGAGAAAUUCAACUGCACAUUCUACGGGGACUUUGCUCUGGAGAAGAAUCCAGUGACAUACACCGAAGCCGUAGAGGUCUACUCCUCCCUGCCCAGGCUGCUUGGGGCCAAUGGGGAGAAGGCCGUGCCCAUGAAAGUAUGGCUAUACCCGCUGGCGAAGCUGGAUUCCAAAGCGGCCAGGGUGGUCCGAGAGAUCAGUAACAUGUUGGUGAGUGAUGCGCAGGCAGCGCUGGAGGGGCUGAUGGAUUGUUGCGUCAGGUGCAAUGACAUGUUGGCCACCAAGGCGGCGAGGUUCCCCACCCUCGGAGAGAAGAUCAAGAGGUUUUGUGAACUGUGCCAGCAAUUCAAACACUGGUUCCAGAAAGAUUUAUCGGCGACUCUGCCCAAGAUCCGAGGAGAGGGUGCGGGGGAAGAGAUCCUGGCAAACCUGUUGACUGCAAGAGGUGAUUCUCCGUUCAACGAAUGGAGCCUCAACCGGUUUCUGGAUCAGAGCGAGGCAGAGGUCGGCUUUGUCGAUUCCUACCUGUCUCUGCUGGACUGGGUGGAAGUCGUCAGUUCCGAGAACAAGCGGGCUCGGAUGACCCGCGACCCCCAGAUUGACGUGCUAGUCACGUUUACCCUCACCUCGUUGGAGAAAGAGGAUCCGUAUCUGCGGGAGUUGGAUCGCUGGCUUCGCAACCAGAAAGUAGAGGAAACCAAGCAGGCAGACUCUGCCUGUGAAGGAGUGAACUCAACACCGUGGUUCAAACAAGACGAAAUCCAGGCGAGAUUGCGGAAAUUGGUCGUGGCCUUCUCCAAAUUUGCUGAAGUCAACAAAUCUCAAAGCAAAGUUCGGUUCAUUGUGGCUUCUAUCUCAGACAAGGACAAUCCAGGAGCUUCGAUUUACUUGCACAUUGGAGGAGUCCUGGCUAGCAAGAAUUUUGAGCCCCCGGCCUGUCCCCCCUUCCCCAAGAUCGAGGAGAUCCGAUCGAACCGAAUACAGCUCAGACUGACCACAGAAGGAGAGAGAAGAGAGGGGUUAAAGAGCUAUUGCAUAGAAUACAGAUCUGGAGAUUCCGAGUGGACCCCUAUGAUCGUUGGCAGGAAACAAGAGAAGAUUGAAAUAAAUAAUUUAAACUGUGACACCAACUAUGAGUUCAGAUUCGCCGACGUGUAUGAGUUGUGGAGGAGCCAGAGGAUCAAUAAGUGUGUGAUGACCCUACCGAUAGGCCCUCCAGAGGAUUUUUCAGCAGUUCUCAAGGGACCAGAGACUGUGUCCCUCAGCUGGAAGCGUCCGAAGGAAAACGUGAAUGCAGUCACGGGGUACAGGGUGGAGUACAGACGGGAGGCCGAAGGAGCCGAUGAGGCUGGAGAAAGUGACUGGCAAAAACUGAUGGUAGGAAAGGACACGGAGACCUAUACGAUCAGUGAACUGAUACGUGAGAAGUUCUACAAGUUCCGGGUGUCAGCCGUGUGUGGGACCAAAGGCCCUGGUGACCCCAGUAAGGAGUUUCCAAUCUCCACCAAGAGAGAAAAAGAGAAGCUCACACUGGAUCCAGAAACAGCCAACAAAUACCUGUGCCUGUCCCAGGACAAUAAAUCGGUGGAAUGGAUCAUAUCUCCACAGAAGGUGUCCCAGAAUCAGAAGAGAUUUAUAGGGGAAGCCUAUGUGCUGGGCUCCACGGGCUUCAGUUCAGGCCAGCAUUACUGGGAGGUGGAGGUGGAAGGGAAGGGAUUAUGCAAGAUCGGGGUGGCCGCGGAGUCUGUGGAGAGGAAGAGUAACCAGGACCAUGAGGAGACCAUAUGGUGCCUGACUAUCUGCACCCCUUACCACGUGCUCAUCCAUAACGAACCUCACCGAAACAAAAAAGUCCCAAGCGUCGUGGGGGUCUUACUCGAUGUCGAUGGAGGCCAGGUGACCUUCUAUAAUGCGGAAACCCAGGAAGAGAUCCACACUUUCCACUCAUCUUUCAAAGAUAAAAUCUUCCCUUUUCUUGGGUUUCUGGGACUGGGCUCCCGCCUGACCCUGAGACCCUGAGACGCCCCCUUGGUAAUGGCAUUUGUUAUUGGUAUUUUUUAAGUGCUUACUAUGUGCCAAACACUGUUCUAAUCUAAUA